GGGUUUUCCACCAAAAUGGGGCAGUGAAAUUAGCUGAUAGAUCUUUUAUUUUGAAGUUGUAAAAGGAAAAACGUGCGGCGUUUACUUGAUCAUAAUAGUAGGAAAACCGACUGGAUAAGUGAGGACGGUGGCCUGUAGUUGCCAGCUUUCUACUUGGCUGGUGUUUUUGCGGCUGYUUAGCCUUUUCCGACCCAGAAUUUUAUCAGCUGAUUGAUUCGGACACAGCGAGCCUUCUUUUACGCAAUGGGACGACAGUGACAGAGUGACUCGUUGCAGCUAACACCAGCUAGCCGUGCUAAGUCGCACAACUUCAGGGAAGUCCUGCGGUGGGUCGGACACGAGAGAGCUGCCAGUCCUGCUCAGUUUCCUCACUUAGUUUUUAUUAUUAUUUUUAUUAUUUUUAUUAUUGGUGCUCGAAAUGGCUUUAGUAACAGCGGUGAGGCGGCUGGCCCAGGUUAGUUUAAGAGAAUGUUCCCGGCGGAGGACGGCGGUGUCCUGCGGAGCCUGGCUGACGGCUGGUAGGAGCUUAACCUCCGGCACACAACCGCUCAGGUGUCUCGUCUGGGUUGCCAGAUCUGCCUGACAAAGUCUCUGGACGGCAUGGUGGUCAGGGUUCCUGAGAGCGUCGCAGACAUCCGACAAACCAAAGACGGGUCGUCCUAACCCGGAGGAACCUGGAGGAACCUGGCUGUKGGGGGAAGGGGGCGGGGUCUGCCACUGAACUGUUUCUUUUUUUUGUUUGUUUUUGUUCUAGAAUAAAAUAUGAAGCAGCGGUUUAGUAUUUAUGAUAAACUAAUGUUUAGAAUCUGGUUGUUUCAAACAUUUCCUCCACAUUUGAGUAAAAUGUUGGAGAAUAGAAACAGCUUCAAGUUCAAAACAUUUAAAAGAAAUUAAAAAACACGAAAUGUGUAUCAGUAUAUUUUUAUUUCUAUAUAACCCUCAGUGUAACAGUUUUAUCGUGAUUGUACAUACAGAAAAAUACAAAUAAUAAAAACAAACCUUUCUAACAUG